UGUAAGCGAAGCGUGCUGGGGUUUGAAAACUGCCAUGGAGGCCCCCGAGCUUCUCCGACGCUGCGGAGACUCUGCGGAGCGGGGGCUCGCCGGCGCCCCAGGCUGCUGAGCUCUCGCCGCCUGUGUCCUCGCGGCGCGGCGGCAGGGCCAUGCUGGCUUCGCGCGUGGCGCGCGGCUCGUGGGGGCUCCUUCGCAGCGCGGCCUGGGCGCCGGGGGCGCGGCCGGGCAAGGGGCGCGCCCGCGGGGCCGUGCUGCGCUCGGUGCCGGGCUGCCGAGGCUGCCUGGGGGAGCGCUGGUGGCUGCGCCCGGCCGCGCUCGGCCUGCGGCUGCCUGGCGUCGGCCCACGGGGCCACUGCUCCGGCGCGGGGAAGGCGGCCCCCCGGCCCGUGGCGCGAGGGGACGCCGCCGCCGAGGCCCGGGGCGGCCGUUGGGGCCAGGCGAGCGCCGCCAGCUUGUAUGAAAACCCAUGGACAAUCCCAAAUAUGUUGUCAAUGACGAGAAUUGGCUUGGCCCCAGUUUUGGGCUAUUUGAUUAUUGAAGAGGAUUUUAAUAUUGCACUAGGAGUUUUUGCUUUAGCUGGUCUAACUGAUUUGUUGGAUGGAUUUAUUGCUCGAAACUGGGCCAAUCAAAAAUCAGCUUUGGGAAGUGCUCUUGAUCCACUUGCUGAUAAAAUACUUAUCAGUAUCUUAUAUGUUAGCUUGACCUAUGCAGAUCUUAUUCCAGUUCCACUUACUUAUAUGAUAAUUUCAAGAGAUGUAAUGUUGAUUGCUGCUGUUUUUUACGUCAGAUAUCGAACUCUUCCAACACCGCGAACACUUUCUAAGUAUUUCAAUCCUUGCUAUGCCACUGCUAGGUUAAAACCAACCUUCAUCAGCAAGGUAAACACAGCAGUCCAGUUAAUCUUGGUAGCAGCUUCUUUGGCAGCUCCAGUUUUCAAUUAUGCUGAUAGCAUUUAUCUUCAGAUACUCUGGUGUUUCACAGCUUUCACCACAGCUGCAUCAGCUUACAGUUACUAUCAUUAUGGUCGAAAAACUGUUCAGGUGAUAAAAGGGAGAUGAAAGCCAUCUAUCAUCAUUAGCAAGGAAGCAAUAUACAUCAUUGGUGGCAGGGCAAGUGGAAAUCUACAGGAGUUUCCGUAUUUCGGUGUUCAGCUUGGAAAAGGACUUGUCAGAACAAACCAUGUCAUCAAAAUUUAAGUAAUGUGCAUUGAAAAUAAGCUUGAUCAUGGGCAUAUGCAGAAUUUCCAAUGUAUUUUUAAAUACAAAUAAAACUAUAAUUUAGAGGUUUUUUUAUCUUAGGUUUCUUGAUUAAUUUAUAAGGUACCAGUUAUUCCAAUCAUCAUCAGUCACUUUUUAAUACAUUUUUUAAAAACAUAGUCUAGAGCAUGGAAACUGGAGUUGCCACUUCUGUUUAACAGAGUUUAGAUUGCUUACAAAGCACUAGGGAAUUUCUUGGGUUUAAGUAUCUAUCUUACACAACUUGGCUACAUAAUCUUAUGUUUGAUAUUUAGACUGUGUACACAUUAAUAGUUCAUUUGGUUAAUAUUUGAUCAGUUAGGAUAAUGACAAGGUAACUUAGCUAUGGAUGAAGUAAACUUGUAAAGAGAUUGAAAAUGCAGUAAGUUUUGAAAAUAAUAAUUAAGAUCACAACAGAAGGUAUUGAAGUUCAUGUUCAGUAGUCUUCCAAACUCUCAGGUGCCUAAUAGUUUAUGUACUAGGAUAGCAAGCGACCAAGGUGGUAGAAGUACAAAACCAUGUCCAUUAGCCUACACCAUCCAGGAAGCAGUGAAUUAUAUUAUAUCUUCCACUGUUUCUAACAUAGCAAUGUUUGUAUGAUAUUGGAGCCUGUACUCCCAUGUAAAUAAUAUGAAACUGUAUAUUUUUCAAAGGUUUUUAAAUUUUUGGGGUAUCUUUUUGUUAAGAUAUUAAAGGAAUAAAAGAGCUGGAAAAGUACCUUCAGUGGUGGUGUUCUGUAUAGCAUGCUGUGGUGCUUGCUGUUGUGUUAAGUUUUCUGAUUCAUAAAGUCCAUUCAGAUACAUCACUUGCAAUUACAUUGUAAAAAUAAUUUGUUUGGGACCAUCUGACAAAGUCCUGACUGACUACACUUCAAUAUUUGAAAGAGUGGGAGAUGCAGAGAGAGGGAAGAGGAAAGACAAUGGCUGUUGCUGGUUGCUUCCUCUUAGCAAUGGAGGCCAGCUGCUGCCAACUGUUGGUAUACAAGUGAAAAGAGGAUGUAGUAAGACAUAAGUGUAAUAUGGAAUGAUGCAAUGAGAUUAUCCAGACACAGCUCGUUGAGCUGUGUUAAAUUAAGACGGGAGUUAUAAGAAGCAAAAUGCAUGCUUCUUGGCAAUGGCAUCCUUGGAUCAGUAUGCUCCUUUGUUGCAUUCGGUCUUGACUUCCUUGUUCCCAGGCUGGCAGCUGAGUUGCCCUUGGCUUGAAACAUACUGAAGCUUGCAGCCAGGGACACUGUCACUGAAUCAGACGGAGGGUGGUGUGAGGGAAGAAAAGGAUGGCCUCUAGCAGCUGGCCAGUCUCCCUUUCUGGAACCUCCUGUGUAGUGUCAUAACUUGGGAGGGAGUAAGGCUGGAGGUGGAGUUCCCACCCAAGAGACACAUUGAACAUGUCUUGGCACUAGCAAAGUGGGAGCACAAAAAUGUUUUAAAAUGAGAGAACUCGAGAUAGAGUGAUUAUGGGAAAAAUUAGGAUUUUGCACUUCAUAUGUUUAUUUCAUGGUUUAGUGUUGAUGCUGUUUGGAGUUACUUAUGUGUUGGACCCAGAGUCUCUUUAAUAUGAAGGUCUUCAUCUGGCUCUGGUUGAUAAACCUCAACCCUUAGAAAAAUGGGACAAGUUUCUUGAGGGUUUUGGAUAUUGGACAGUUGUAAAACAUGAAAAUUGUGCUAGUUUGCAAAACACUGGAAUUCUAUUAGGCAUCUUUGAGUAUAUAUUCAUGCAUACAGAGUCAAGCACAACAAAUUUCAUUUUGGUGUCUCCUUUAUAAAAUAGGAUUCAGUCCUGAUAGCUAAAAAAGGCAUUGAGAGGAUUACAUGUCUGGAGUCUACGCUAGUCACAUUUUUGGCUUUUGCUUUCCAAUUUUUAAUCAGGAGCUGGUAGGUAUCUUAAAAGAUUGCUUAAUCCAGUUCUCAUGGGUUACAUAUGUGAUGAAACUUGGAAUCACCUUAGAAUUUUAGAAAGCCUUUUCAAAACUUCAAAUACCUAUUCAGGUCAAACCUGGAUAUACUGGAUUUCUGCAGCAUGUUUUUUUUGUGCUACAGCACAUUUUGGAAGCAAGAUAUGUGAGAAUCAAACUUGAUUUUUUUUUUUUUAACAAAUAAAUGCUGGUUGGGUUGAAUUGUGUCUCCCCAAAAGAUAUGUUCAGGUUCUAAGCCCUGGUACCUGUGAAUGUGACCUUAUUAGAAAUGGAAUCUUUUCAGAAGUAACCCUGUAUGAUAAAGUCCUAUUGGAUUUGGGUGGGCCUUAAUCCAAUGCCUAGUGUGUCCUCAUAAGAUGAGGGAAGUUUGACUUUGGGUAUAUACUGGAAGAAAAUGAAAUCAUCUUGAAGAGGAGAUCUGCACCCUUAUGUUCACUACAGCAUUUUUUAUAAUAGCAAAGACAUGGAAAUAACCCAAGUGUCAAUGGAUGAGUGGAUAAAACGUGUGUGUGUGUUUAUAAAAUUUAUGGCUGAAUGUUACUCAACCUUAAAAUGGAAAUCCUGCCAUGUGUAAUGAUAGGGAUGGAACUUGAGGGCAUUAUAUCAAGUGAGAUAAGGCAGAAAAGGACAAAUUGUUUGAUUCCACUUAUGUAUAGAAUCUAAAAAACUAACAAACAAACCAAAACCCAACUCCUAGAAACAGCAGUAGAUUGGUGGUUCAUACUGGUGGAAGACGAUGAAUGUGAUCAAAGGGUAUAAACUUUCAGUUACAAGAUGAGUAGGUUCGGGAGAUUUAAUGAUCCUCAGAAGACAGACAGCAUGAUGAUUAUAGUUAAUGUAUACUUGAAAGUUGCUUAUAAAGUAGAUCUUGAGUUCUUAGCACACAUCAAAGUAACCAUAUGAGUUGAAGGAUGUGUUGACUAAGUAUUUUGUAAUCAUUUCCCAAUAUAUAGGGGUAUCAAGUCCUUACACUGUAUACCAUAAAUGUACACAAAGUUAUAUGUCAAUUAUAUCUCUGUAAAGAUGGAGGGCAAAAUAAUUUUUAAAGAGGGAAAUUUGGACACAGAGAAUGCCAUAAGACAACGAUGGCAUAGAAUGGAUUUAUCUGCAACCCAGGGAACACCAAGGAUUGCCAGCAACCAGGACUGAUACGGAAUAAUUCUCCAGAUUCUCCAGAAGAAACCAGUCCUAUGGAUACCCUCGGUUGUGGUUUUCUUGCCUGAACUGUAAAAAUAGAUUUCUGUUGUUUUAAGCCACCCAGUUUGUGAUAAUUGUUAUAAUAGUGACAGAAAAGUAAAAUAAAUACUAAUGUAGAAAACAAAA